ACGAGCGAAACAAUAACAGAUCGCAGUUUUUCCAGAUUUAGCCGACCGAGUACGUCACAGAAACUUAAAAUACGAUUGGACGAGAGCAUCGUUCCUGUGUUUUCGUUUCACGACGUGGGUCGCUCGCCUCUUCUUUUGACAGAAACUUUACUGCUGUAGACUUGGACCACUGAGAAGUUCUGAUAACUUGCAGUCAACAAUCAGUAACCAUGGAGACAAAGAAGGAAAGCUCUCAGUCCGAUUCCAAGACUCAUCUCAACGAAUCCACACUUCCUCUUCUUGACGAUCAACAAGUAGAAGGAGUAAAAGAAGCGACUUCUGAUAAGGAGAAGAUGGAAAUGGAGUCCCAUGAUGAAAAAGAAGAUACAGUCAAGGGAAAGGUUGAGGGAGAGAAAGAUGAAGAAAACAGUGAAGAUAAAGGCAAUGUAGCGACCGAGGAAGAGACUGAGAAAAAGAACAAGAAGAAAAAUAAGGAGAAGACUAGAAAAUCUCACAAAAGAAAUAUGUCCUAUGGCCGAAAUCUGACAAUUGGGCUUAACUUGCUGGAUCGGGAUGAAAAACAUAUUAACGAUCAUAUUAACGUUGUGUUUGAAGAUGUGGUUGCGGAACCAGAGGCCAAUCAAGGAUUUGAUGAUGUUUGGCGUGUCGGUUAUCUUACUUUUUCAUUAACCAAACACUGGAUAUACCGAAUUUUGGCCAUUUUGGUGGUUGUGCCUUGCAGCAUUCUGUGGGGUCUGGUAUUUUCCUUGUUGGCUCUUCUGAAUGUUUGGUUUGUCACCCCGUUACUCAAAUUCAUAGAUGUGAUUUUGAACAUUGUCAAACGG